AUGCGGGCGCUUCCUGCUCUCACCACCAUCAGCUCAGUACAAGAGUACAAUCCCCGAAACUUGCCCUCUUCAACGGACCCUACACAUAUACUGGCGAACAUGGGAGGAGAUACUGCUGCCCCCAACAACAAGCGGCAGCGCGUCGGCGACGAGAGCGAGCCGAGCAACCAGUUCGAGCAGCACGACAGGCUCUGGUUCGCGGACGGGAACGUGAUCCUUCGAUGCGAGCAGACGGACUUCCGCGUGCACCGGUCUCUGCUCGCCACUCACUCCGAAGUGUUCCGCGAUAUGUUCACUGUGGGGACCCCCAUGAAUCAAGCCUACGACGACGUCCCCGUCGUACAUCUGGCGGAUGACUUGAAGAGUCUUACCACCCUCCUACUUUUCAUAUACUUCCACGACGAGGACUAUGAUAAUAUGACAUGGGUCCUGGACUUGCUCGAGAUUUCGACCAAGUACAUCGUGCCGCUUCCUCGUGACAGAUGCCUCGCAGUUAUCCGCCGCUUUUUCCCCGACACUCUUGAGAAAUAUCAAGAAGAGCCGACCUACAGCAGGCGAUAUAGCAUCAACCUCUGCUCCGCUGCGCGUUGUCAUAAACUCGCAACAGACAAUAAUCUCGCUACCUGUCUUCCUGCUAUACGAUGCUUCUGUGCGGACAUCUUUGCUUUCCACUCCUCGUGCGAAGGCUACGAUCCUCGUGAGGAGAUACAGCAUUGCCCAUCCUCACUUCAAGUGGAGAUCAUGGCCUGGGGUCGAGCCCUCCUCGCCGCCAAGCGCGAUAUCUUGGACAAGCACAUACAAGAGUUUUUGGAAAAUUCCGACAGAGAGACAGACUAUCACUGUGCUGACGAACUCGCCAUCGCAUUUCUGUCUUAUAAAAGCGAGGACUGCGUUCUCAAUUCGAAUCAGCAUCUGCGAUAUGAAAACGACUUGCAACUUUUCCCUCCAACGAGCUUCGCCGUCGACCUCUCUAAACGUUCGGGAGACGUAUGCGGCGACUGUGAAGCGGAUUGGAAGGAAAAAGAGAUGGCAGGUCGGAUCGCGCUCUGGGAAGAGCUACCCAAAUACACCUCCUUGGGGACAUGGCAGGAGUUACGCGCUCGAGAAGGUUGA